AUGUGGAUUUAUCUGGGGACUGACGUGGAGGAGCGGCGGCAGACGCUGGCGGCGCUAAAGGCGCUAAAGGCGCUGAAAUUGAGGGCGGCGCAGCUUUACGUCGUGGAACGAACCAGGUUUUUAGAUCCCGCGAGUCCGUUUGCUGAGCACUCGCGGUUUAUAGCCCAGAAUGGGGAUUAUUGCGCCUUGAGGUUCGAUAUCACGCCGUACGAAGGGAUCUCGAGCGACGAUGACAGCGCUGGCAAGGGCAUCUCGCAGAAUCGACUGGUAUCGUCGCUCACUAACGGAGUGGAGUUGGAGAUGAACAACGUCAUGUACUCGGAGUUUCGAGAGCACGACGACGAGUUUAGUGACGGGGGCGCGUGCGGGUUCACGGCUGACUUCGUGGACAAGGACGAACUGUUUCCGUAUAAACCGGACCGCUUGCGCUAUGAUGUGACGGCGGUGUUGACGCCAGUGGUUGUUCUCACUCGCUCCUGUCGGAUUAAACUUCGCCGCGGGGAUAUUACGUUGCCGAUUGAAACAGCACAUGAGCUGCGCGAAAGUGUUGGCAAAUGGGGGGAUGUGAUGUUGCAGACUGUACGCCAGAUUGUGUAUCGAUGA